AUGUGCCUCGAUAUGGAGCAUCACUGGGGGGUAAGGCUCGAUUAUAAGCAGCCGUUCUAUCCUCGUCUCGACGACGCUGAACAGGAGCGUAAACUCAUCAUGGGACACGUCGAACCUGGUGAUGAAUCCCUUGGUUUGAAUUUUUCUAUGCCUGUUUCCUAUCCAGGCUUGUCAACUGGCCAGAGCAUCGCCGACCCUUCCGAGCCCGACCAAGAGCCCAACGACACACUCCCUACUACCGACAACCAGGUAGCCAGCAACAGCAACAACGGCGUCUUUCAGAACUACGAAGAACAGCUCAGCGCCAUCAAAAGCGACUUUAAGAAGCGCAUUUCCGAUUUACAGAGCAAUCUCGAGCUUGAUAGAGACGUCGCGGAAAUCGGGGUAGAUUCCAAGCGAGACCGCGAGGAAGAUCAAGAGAAGGUCAAGGAGAUUCAUCGCCAUGCCGUCCAGGCCCAGAAGUGCACCGAACAGGCUCUAGAAUACGCGGAAAAGGCCCAGGAACACGCAAAUGCUUCUGUUGAACUGGCCCAGUCGCUCAUGGAGAGUCUGAGUUCUAGCAAUCUAUCUGUUAGACGCUCUUCUGGCGGCGCUAGACGUUCUAGCAAGCGACUGCGUGAGAACUGA